AUGACUUGCGCCAAUGGCGUGAAAUCCAUUAAGACAACCAUAUUGGUAGAUCUAGGGGGUAUCUUCGUGCAUCCUCCCGUGGGUUAUCAACUGGCAGCCGGGGAAUCAAGCAUUAGUCUGGGAAGAGUCCUCUCAUCGUCAUUUUGGAUGGAUUACGAGAUCGGAAAGAUUGGUGAGGAUGAAUGCUUCGCACAGGUAGCACGCCGGUAUGGCAUUCAAGUGGAGAGCUUGAGAGCAAUAGUUUCCAAUCUCCGCGAGACUCUGACAUAUGACGGAAACAUGCUUUCUAUAUUCAGAGAAAUCAAGCAAACUCCAGGAGUAACGAUUGCCCUCGUCUCGAACAUUUCUGAGCCAGAGUAUCAUGCCCUUCGCCGUCGAUGGGAUGACUCUUUCUGGAGUACAUUUGACCAUAUAUUUACUUCGUGGAUGCUAGGUGUCCGAAAACCUAGUCUACGCUUUUAUCAGCAAGUGCUACGAGCAACGCGUGCUGCACCGCGGAAAACCCUUCUUAUCGACGACCAGCCAGAGAACGUGCUCGCGGCAAUGUCUCUCGGGAUUCGCGGGAUUGUCGGCACCAUUGAUCUAUCACGAACACUCAAAAACUUUGUUGGUGACCCUAUUGAACGCGGACUUGCAUUUCUGCGACAAAAUGCUGGAGAGCUUUACUCUACUACUGUUGAAGGUGACUCUAUCGACGAGAACUACGCCCAGCUUCUUAUUCUAGAGGUCACAAAGGACGAGAGUCUUGUAGAUCUGAGACGCCCGCCUCGGCUUUGGAAUUUCUUCUCAGGCAAGCCGAAAUAUACAAGCCAAGUCUAUCCAGAUGAUAUGGAUACGACAGCUCUUGCCCUUGUCGUAUUGAAUUACGAGGCCCAGCUUGCGCACUCUAUUCUCGAUGAUAUACUCAAUCAUGUCAAUGAGGACGGAUUCGUGCAGGUAUACACCGACAAAUCCAGACCCAGAGUGGAUGCAGUAAUCGCAUUAAAUGUCCUUACUGCGUUCUAUAAGUACGGGCGAGGCUACGAGCUUCCUCAAACACUGGACUGGAUUCAGAAUAUCCUACUCAAUCGAGCGUACAUCCAUGGAACUCGAUACUACCAGAGUCCCGAGUGGUUUCUCUACUAUGCGACUCGACUACUAGCUUAUUCAAAAGAUCUGAGUCUCAGGGAGAGACUUGAAGCUCCUCUCAGAACACGCCUUAUUGAGCGUAUAGGAGUCAAUGGUGAUGCCUUCUGUCUGGGUAUGCGUUUGCUAGCUUGUGAUUCUUUGAGGAUCGAGAAUAGUCCGGAUAAAGAACAACUUGCCAGCAUGCAGCAGGCAGAUGGGGGUUGGAAGCCAUCUGCAAUGUAUUUAUUUCCAACGGACAGGAAAGUGGUUGGAAAUCGGGGCACCACGACAGCGUUUGCUGUUAAAGCCCUCCAAGGCGCACUAUAA